ACAUUUGAAUCCAAACAGCGCCCUCGGAGCAUUAAGCUUCGCCCCUUCUGCGGGUUCUUUUUUCAGUCACUUGAGCACGAGUCCCAGAAGUUCAAAGGUGUGUGAUGUGCAGGUAGCUGGUGGAUUAGCGAUAAGUGAAAUGGAUGAAAAUGCGCAUUCUACAAAGUCAGUUUUCAAUGUCCCCGAUACUGACAAGCACUUUAAACCUCUCUCUAAAUAUUCCAGGAUGGGCACUUGGGCGCAAAAUAAUGACGUUAGUGACCCAAGAAAGUCUGAGUCAGAUCCAUUUGUACUUUUUAAAUCUGACUUGGUGAACAAUAAUGACAAAAGAAAAGUAGAGGAGUCCUGUCUUGGCGACAGUUAUGAGACUCCAGCAAAAAAGGCCUGUAUUCAAAAUGAUGUGUCCCCAGACCUCGGGUACUUCAGCCCUCCUUCAAGUGCAUAUUUAGUUUCCCCCUUUUCCACAUCUUUUGCUGUCUUUUUAAAUAAGACAAAAAAUGUAAGCAAGGAAAUAAUUGAAGCUUUUAGCUCUCCGCUGCAGGUGGAAUAUAAACCCCUGGCCUCAGGAGAUGCAGGGUUGGGCAAUGGGACUCUACCGCACAGACUGAUGUGUGAGGAGGCAGACUCAAAGCAAACUGUGGUAAAAUAUAAGGGUCCCUUGGAGUGUUUAGAGGGUGAGGUGGAAGAAGCAUGGGAUAUAGGUUCCCCUGUUUUUAACUCGUCUAUGUUUCAAGACUCUCUCGCUGGAGAGGAAUCCAUUCUUGACACUUCAUAUGAGCCGUCAUUACCCCUCCAAGUUCAGGUGAAAUCCGUAGUGGUGAAUCCGGCAGCCCCCACUCUGGGGAAAAGCAGUGCCAGCACUCAAAGGCCGGUGGUCUUAAAAACGAAGGUGGACUGGGAGCAAGAGAAACGGCUCUAUGUGCAUUCUGUCACAAGACACAUGACGGAGCAUCCUGGAGCAAAUAAAGAUGCCAUGAGUGAGCUGAUGAUGCUGAUGAACAGUGUGGCUGAUCAGAAACCGGGCGCUGGCGGCAAACAGUGGCAGCAUCCCUCCGAUCUUACACGCAGGAACUACCAAAGACGGUUUGGAAGAGAGACUCCUAUAAUGACCUUGCAUGAAUGGAAGACCAAGAACGGUUCAACACACAGACGCUUUGCCAAGGUGCCGAAAACAUUUUAACAGAGUUCAUUUUCUUAAGUUAAGAACUUGGGGACAUCUCUCUCACACUUGGCAAUUCAACAUCUAAUUAUUCAAAACGCUGGGGUCUCUAAAUGGAUGGAUGUCUUGGGCUGUUUAAAAAAGGAUAUUAUGUCAUACCAGGUACAAAUGGGGCCUCAUAUGUGCACUUAGCUGUCGUUUGUGGUGUGUAUCUGGGAUUUGUACGUUUGUGUGUUUCUCUUCACAAUGUUUGUCUCUGUUGGAGAAAACAAAUGCAUGUUUUUCAAUCAUCUUAAAUAACAUAUAUAUAUAAUAACUUUUCUUUUUAUACUGUGAUAAACUAUGUAUGUUUUAAUGUGUUGCUGCUGUUCUCUGUAUGUCUCUUAAAAUUAUUCUGAAAGGGUUUGCAGAAUUUAAUGUUUCAAUUGUCCAUCUUUGUAAACCUUUAGUACUACUUAUCAAGCUUAGUGUAAAGACUAGAGGGCAACAAGUUGGUUUAAAGUGCAGUGCUUUGUAAUUAGUUGUCCUGGAAAUAUUUACCAAGAGGUUUUAUCCAGCUUUGCAUAAAGACCUGUAGACAUUCAUGUCAAAGGACAAUAUUGCACAUUUGAACAAAAAAGUGUUUGAAUACUUCUCUGUAUGAAAUAACAGUCAAAACAGCUUUGUA